AUGGAAUUCCUCAGUGACAGUAAUGAGGCGGCUGCUGCUGAUGUUCUCGAGUUUGUGCGAGAAGCUAUUCAGAGUUUUGAUAAACUUCGACCAGUCAUCAUUGAGAAGAUGCUGGAGGUGUUCCAUGCCAUCAAAUCUGUCAAAAUAUACCGGGGAGCUCUCUGGAUUCUGGGCGAGUACUGUAGCUCCAAGGACGACAUUCAGAGUGUAAUGACUGAGAUUCGUCGGUCAUUGGGUGAGAUUCCAAUAGUUGAGUCUGAGAUAAAGAAAGAAACAGGUGAACUGAAGAUUGAUGGUGAUGUUCAGGUGAUUCCAACACAAAAACUUGUGACAGAAAUGGGAACGUAUGCAACCCAGAGUGCCCUUAGCACAAGGCCUUCAAAAAAGGAGGAAGAUAGACCACCCUUGCGAGGGUUCUUACUGGAUGGCGAUUUCUUUGUGGCUGGUGCUCUUGCAACUACACUGACCAAAAUAGCUUUGCGUUAUGUGGCACUUCAGCAAGACAAGAAGAAACAGAAUUGUUUUGCUGCAGAAGCCAUGUUGAUCAUGGCCAGCAUUUUACACCUUGGUAAAUCAUCACUCCCAAAGAAAUCAAUUACAGAUGAUGAUGUGGACCGUAUCUCACUAUGUCUUAAAGUCCUUUCAGAGUGUUCCCCACUGAUGAACAACAUCUUUAACAAAGAAUGCAGAAAAUCUCUCUCUCAAAUGCUAUCAGCAAAACUGGAAGAGGAAAAGCUUUCUCAAAAGAAGCAAUCCGAAAAAAGGAAUGUGUUGGUACAGGCAGACGAUCCCAUUUCCUUUAUGCAGCUGAUGGCCAAGAAUGAGAUGACCUCUAAGGAGGACCAGUUUCAGCUCAGCUUAUUGGCUGCGAUGGGUAACACACAACGGAAAGAAGCAUCUGAUCCUUUAACAUCCAAGCUCAGCAAGGUCACACAGCUCACUGGUUUCUCUGAUCCAGUGUAUGCCGAAGCCUAUGUACAUGUUAAUCAAUAUGAUAUUGUACUUGAUGUACUUGUGGUCAAUCAAACCAGUGACACACUGCAGAACUGCACUCUGGAAUUAGCCACAUUGGGUGAUCUAAAACUGGUUGAGAAACCUUCACCUCUAACCUUGGCUCCACAUGAUUUUGCUAACAUUAAGGCCAAUGUGAAAGUAGCGUCAACAGAAAAUGGCAUUAUUUUUGGUAAUAUAGUGUAUGACAUAUCCGGGGCUGCCAGUGAUCGAAACUGUGUGGUACUGAGUGACAUUCACAUUGAUAUCAUGGACUAUAUACAGCCUGCUGUGUGCACUGAUGCAGAAUUUCGUCAGAUGUGGGCUGAGUUUGAGUGGGAGAACAAGGUUACAGUUAAUACAAAUAUUACUGACCUAAAUGAAUACUUGCAGCACAUUCUUAAAUGUACCAACAUGAAGUGUUUGACUCCAGAGAAGGCUCUUUCUGGUUAUUGUGGUUUUAUGGCUGCCAAUCUUUAUGCUCGGUCCAUUUUUGGAGAAGAUGCACUUGCAAAUGUCAGCAUAGAGAAACCAGUUCAUCUUGGACCAGAUGCCCCUGUGACUGGUCACAUACGCAUUCGGGCAAAGAGUCAGGGAAUGGCUCUCAGUUUGGGUGACAAGAUCAACCUGUCCCAGAAGAAAGUAAAAGCAUAGUGGCUUUUUCAGACAUCCAUAUUGGCUUAAAGUUUUAUGUUAGUUUAAUCCAACAAUAUCCUCUUGUUUAUCUAUAAACAAAGAUCAUAGAUGUUGAGUAUUUUGAAGAGAACUUGUAAUUUUGUUGAGCUGUCCACGAAAUUAAGCUUCUAUUACACAUUUCAAAAGAUGGUAGAGUUCUUUCCUUCUGUCUCCUUUGUUUUGCUCCAGAGGUUCCUUGUUUUACACUAAAGUUUAUCAAUUAUAAUAAAGAUACAAAAUUCUGCAA